UCCUAUCAACAACGUAAUUUAAUUUUUAUAUAAAAGCUCUUAAAUAAAAAGCCAUGAAAUUUAAAAUAAAUUUGUUUACGGUUUUAAUAAUUUUCCUAAAUUGUAUUGAAUUUAAUGAAAGUGCUAAAAUUUUAGCAGUUUUUCCGUUUCCUGGAAGAUCACAAUAUAUUCUGGUGCAGCCAUUUUUAAAAACCCUAGCACAAAGGGGCCAUGAAUUAACCGUUAUUAAUGCCUAUCCGGGCAAAGAGAAUGUAACUAAUUACAGAGAUGUAGCGGUAAUGGAAGUUCAUAGUAUAGAUUUUGUAGCUGCAGCUGAGGAGCAGGAACGUAAUUUGUGGGGCGACAUGACUUUUCUAUCGGAUUUUUUCACCAAUGUGACUUUGGCCGUUAUGAAGAAUCCACAAGUUCAAAAUUUAUUGAAAACUGAAACAUUUGAUUUGAUUAUUUUGGAGUCGGUAAACACCGAUGCCUGGUAUAGUUUAGGUGCACAUUUUAAUGCGCCCAUUAUAGGUGUAUCCUCAUAUGGCACUGAUCCUAUAAUCGAUGAACUUAUGGGUAAUAUUUCUCCCUUUACAUAUGUGCCUUUAAUGUCAACCGGGUUUACCGAGAAAAUGUCCUACACAAAUCGUAUGCAGAAUUUAUUAUUAAAACUUUUGGAAUUAAUACAUAAUCGUUUGGUGCAUUUGCCCAGACAUCAGCGCAUACUAGACAAGUAUAUGCCCCAUAUAAAGCAAGAUAUUUGGUCUCUACGCCAGAAUAUGUCACUCUUCUUAAUGAAUCAACAUUUUUCCCUAAGUUCUCCACGUUCGUAUGUAACAAAUAUGAUUGAAAUUGGAGGUUUUCAAAUUCAACAUCAGCCCAAACCAUUGCCUCAAAAAAUCCAGGAUUUCCUAGAUAACUCCACACAAGAUGUCAUUUACUUUUCCAUGGGUUCUAAUAUCAAGAGCAAGGAUUUCCCUGUGGAAACUUUACAAAUAUUUAAUAAGGUAUUUGCCCAAUUGCCCUACAAAAUAUUAUGGAAAUUUGAAAAUCCCAAGUUGGAAGGCAAACCCUCAAAUGUUUUAAUCUCAUCUUGGUUUCCCCAGGGCGAUAUAUUGGCCCAUCCCAAAGUUAAACUAUUUAUUUCACAUGGUGGUCUUUUGUCUACAUUUGAGUCGGUGUAUCAUGGUAAACCCAUCUUAGGCCUACCGGCAUAUUUUGAUCAACAAAUGAAUGUUAAUAGAGCCAAACAGCAAGGAUUUGCUUUGGCCUUAGAUUUCAGGGCAUUUAACACAGAACAACUGAAAACUACCAUCUUGGAAAUGUUAAAUAAUCCUCAGUACAUUCAAAGAGCCAAAGAAAUUUCCCUAAGAUAUCAUGAUCAACCUAUAAAACCCAUAGAUUUGGCGGUAUAUUGGACGGAAUAUGUGUUGAGACAUAAUGGAGCCCUACACUUACAAAGUCAGGCCCAGAAAAUGGGUUAUUUUAAGAAACAUGGUGUGGAUUGCUUGGCAGGUUUAAUAAUUUUUGUAAUAAGUGUUUUAGUUUUAAUAAUUUGGUUAUUUGUGAAAAUAUGUAAAGUUGUGUUUGUAAAAACCUCUAAAAAAGUGAAAAUAAAUUAACAAUUUUUAAAUAUUUUUAAAAAAAGGAA